UUAGUCAAAAGUCAUAUAGCCCACGUGUGUUGCGCGUCUGAUGAUUUGUCCAAUAGCCGUUGGCGCUGCUGAACCUGGUCUCAAUUUCCGUCAAGGUGAAAGAAACACUCAUCAGAGUCCGAAUCACCACCACCAUCACCACCGUUCCCAAAACCCAUCUUCAACCAUGUCCACAGAACAACCAUUCCAAGAAAUCCAAAUCCCCGAGCAAAAGCUUCUCUCAAACGGCCUUCGCUUUCCCACCAUACUAUCUCCCUCCACCACAUCCUCACCUACACUCCCUCUAACCGCAACACACUCUAUCAAAACCCACAAACCCUAUCUCGAAUCCCUCCUCCUCCAAUCCGGCGCACUCAUUCUCCGAGGCCUCCCCCUCCAAACCGCCUCCCACUUCAACGACGUCGUCGAAGCCUUCGACUACCCCGAGCUUCCCUACGUCGGCGGCGCCGCGCCGCGGACUAAUGUAAUCGGCCGUGUCUUCACCGCGAACGAGUCUCCGCCGGAUCAGAAGAUCCCGUUUCAUCACGAGAUGGCUCAGGUUCCGCAGUUUCCGUCGAAGUUGUUCUUUUUCUGUGAAGUUGAGCCGGGUGCCGGAGGUGAAACGCCGAUUGUUCUCAGCCAUGUUGUGUAUGAUAGGAUGAAGGAACGUUAUCCUGAGUUUGUGGAGAAACUUGAGGAGUUUGGUUUGUUGUAUGUUAGGGUUUUAGGUGAAGAUGAUAACCCGUCUUCUCCGAUUGGUAGAGGCUGGAAAUCAACGUUCUUGACGCAAGACAAAACCGUUGCUCAACAAAGGGCUAGUGAACUGGGUAUGACGUUGGAAUGGUUGGAAGAUGGAGUGAAAACGGUAAUGGGACCAAUUCCUGCAGUGAAAUAUGACAAAGUAAGAAAGCGUAAGAUUUGGUUUAAUAGCAUGGUGGCUGCUUACACUGGUUGGAAAGAUGAAAGAAAUGAUCCUGUUAAGGCUGUGACAUUUGGCGAUGGCAGCCCUUUACCUGCUGAUGUAGUGUAUGACUGUCUUAAGAUACUUGAGGAAGAAUCUGUUGCCAUUCCUUGGCGUAAAGGGGAUGUUAUGUUGCUUGAUAAUUGGGCUGUUCUUCAUUCUCGAAGACCCUUUGAUCCCCCGCGCAGGGUGCUUGUUUCCCUUGUCAAGUAGGUUACCAAUUCUUACUUUGCACAGUAAUAAGGUCUCUUCUAGAUUAAAGCUACCCAAAAUUGUAAGUUAUUUCUAGUUUCACAUCAAUAGCAAGAUAUAUAUGCCAAUUAUUGUGUUGAUAUGUAUAAAAUACUAUUCAGUUGAUCAAACCCAAAACAAAGAUUUAGUUUCUUAGUGACUAUAUAUGUCUAUGUCCAUUAUUCUUUUGGAGAUUCAAUACUGUGGAAUUCUAUACUGAAGUCUAAUUUGAAAUUUUGUUCUGUAUUUUAUGAUAAUCUCGAGAGGAUCCUAAUUGAGAGUAAAUGUGAUUAACGUGCAAAAUAGAGAAACUAACUUAUCUUAAAUACAAAUUCAUCGUAGUAGGAUAAAAACAAUCUCUCAUCCUCUACAUGCUCAUGGAAUCAGGUGCAUUCCUAAGAACUGCCAAUACAUGCUGUUUGACAAAUAUUAAAACAAUGCCCCAGAAAACAGAUGCAGCAAUAUGAAUAAAACAAGCAAAAAUAUAGAAGUAAAUAUUCCACUAUUAUCAUUGAAAAGUACAUGUGUUACAACCAGGUUUUUCAUAUAAGAUGCAACAUAUCAGAAGACAGAGAAGUACUUACAACCAAGUUUUUAAU